AUGUCUUCCUUCAAUGUCGUCGUCUUUGGUGGUGACCACUGUGGUCCCGAGGUGACCGCUGAGGCUGUCAAGAUCCUCCGGGUCAUUGAGAAGUCCCGCGGUGUUACUUUCAACCUUCAAGACCACCUGCUCGGUGGUGCCUCCAUCGACGCUACCGGCUCACCCCUGACCGACGAGGCCUUGAACGCCGCUAAGAAUGCCGAUGCCGUUCUCCUCGGUGCCAUUGGAGGUCCCAAAUGGGGAACUGGUGCCGUGCGCCCAGAACAGGGUAUCCUCAAGCUCCGCAAGGAGAUGGGCACAUUCGGCAACCUGCGGCCCUGCAACUUCGCAGCCCCCUCGCUGGUCGAGAGCUCGCCCCUUAAGGCCGAUAUUUGCCGCGGAGUCGACUUCAACAUCAUCCGUGAGCUGACGGGCGGUAUCUACUUCGGCGAGCGCAUAGAGGACGAUGGUUCCGGAUACGCCAUGGACACUGAGCCUUACUCGCGCCACGAGAUCGAGCGUAUCAUCCGUCUCGCCGCCAACCUCGCUCUGCAGCACAACCCGCCCCUGCCCGUCUGGAGCUUGGACAAGGCCAACGUCCUCGCUACCAGCCGUCUGUGGCGUAAGGUCGUCACUGAGAUUAUGGAGAAGGAAUACCCUCAGGUCUCCAUUGGUCACCACCUGAUUGACUCUGCUGCUAUGCUCAUGAUCAAGGACCCCCGUAAGCUGAACGGUAUUGUUGUUACUAGCAACUUGUUCGGUGAUAUCAUUAGCGAUGAGGCUAGUGUUAUCCCCGGUUCCCUGGGUCUGCUUCCCAGUGCCAGUCUGAGCGGUAUUCCCGAUGGAAAGAGCCGUGUCAACGGUAUCUACGAGCCUAUUCACGGCUCCGCCCCCGAUAUUGCCGGCAAGGGUAUCGUUAACCCUGUCGCUACUAUCCUGUCUAUUGCCAUGAUGAUGCAGUACUCCUUCAACAUGAUCGACGUGGCUCGCCUGAUUGAGCAGGCUGUGAGCAACGUCAUCGAGGCUGGUGUCCGCACCGGUGACAUUGGCGGCACAGCCAAGACUACCGAGGUCGGCGAUGCCGUCGCCGCCGAGCUGGAGAAGCUGCUCAAGUAGAUAUAAAGCAGCCUCUUCGAUGUUUCUAUAUGAGAUAUGACUAGCAUAAAAAGCUAAAAAUAUGAAUACCCG